AUGGCGGACGAAAUUAUAACACGCAAACUAUUUGGGGCACUCAAUUCCGAAGACAUAAAAGAGGCAGAGCUCCUACUAAAGGAAGGUGCUAAUCCAAAUACAGUGCUGCCUGUUGAGGGAGUGGCAUGUAUGCACAUAGCCUCAGGGCUGGGGCUGGAGGCCACUAAACUACUUCUCAGUUAUGGUGGAGAUCCGAAUAUCAGAUCAGUAGAUGGUACCACUCCUAUGCAUGUAGCUGCCACCUGGGGCGACCAGGACAGUUUACGAAUGCUUCUAACCAACGGAGGUGAUCCUUUAGCCAGAGAUCAGGACGGAAGCAGUUGUCUAGACAGUGCCCAGACCUAUGGCCACACCAACUGUAUACAUCUUCUAGAGUUCUGCAUGCUGCUGCUUUCUCCUGAUGUGGACAGCUCCAGACAGCCCAAUAUCAUCUACAAGCCAUGUAAGCUAUUUAAUUUGAAGAGUGCUGUAAAUGAGAAGUGAUUUAUUCAAUUUUAUCCACUUGGUCAAUGUGACCUCAGUGUUUGGGUGAGAA